ACAAGUCCUCUUUGACUACCCACUUUACUUGGACUAGACAUUUGCAAGCAUCUGCUGUUAAGAGCGUAGGAUUGGACGGAGACAAAAAAAAAUGGAUCAACUUAAUUUUACGGUGGCCACUUUUAACUCGUCUUUUCCAGGACAUCUACCACAUUCCUUCUGGUACUACAAUGGUCUCAUCCCUGCGGUGGUGCUCUCCUUCUGCUUUGUCCUGGGAGUACCUGGAAACCUUGGCGUGAUUCUUCUCAAGUCUAAGUGGAAGAAGAUCUCUAGUCUGAGCCAGAGUUUAAUGCUGAAUCUGGCCAUUUCUGAUCUGCUCGGUUUGCUGAUCCUACCACCAAAGAUAUACGCUUCGUUAUUUGACUGGAAAUUUGGCUUGGUGGCCUGUAAGAUUCUGAAUUAUCUUCUGUACACCAGCAUUUAUGGCAGCCAGUUGACUGUGACUGUGUUAGGCAUUCAGCGUUACCUACAAGUGGUCCAUCAGGAGAAGUGGCAUGAGGGACAACAGCGAGUGCGGCUGGUUCUGCUCUGGAUGGUUGCCUUCAUCCUGUCCAUCCCUGUUCUGGUGGUUCGCGAGGUGAUAACAAACCAGCAGUGGACUGUCUGCCAACCACAGUACUCUUCUGAGGCACAAUGGGUGGUUGUCUUGCUAACAGAGACGCUGUUUGGAUUGUUUUCUGUGUUGCUUGUGGUGAUUUCAUACAUUCGUCUGAACAGGAAAAUUAAACAUGCCGUGUUUUUCAACAAUCCAAAAACAACUCGGCUGAUUACCAGCAUCAUUGAGUUCCUGGAAACAUCGCAGUGAUUCUUUUAAAGCCCAACUGGCAGAACAUGUCCCGCCUGAGCCAGAGUUUGAUGCUCAACUUGGCCAUUUUUGACCUGCUCU